UUCAUGAAAAAAAAAUCCGGUUUUGAUAAUCAGUGAAGGGACAAUGGGGCAAAAGCAAUCGAAAGGGGAAUUGCUGUAUCAUCAAGUGAGGUACCGUAACUCUCAAGGCAUUCAAGCUCUUCAUCGCGAAGGAGCAGACCUCGAGUGGAUGGAUAGAAAAGGCAGAACGCCUUUGAUCAUGGCAUGCAGGAAGGAUGAGCUUUGUGAUGUCGCCAAGACUUUGAUCGAGUUAGGCGCCAAUGUUAAUGCUUAUCGUCCUGGUCGCCAUGCAGGGACUCCUCUGCACCAUGCUGCUAAAAGAGGUCUUGUGAACACUGUUGAGUUGCUUCUUUCACAUGGUGCAAAUCCAAUUGUUUUCAAUGAUGAUUGUCAGACACCACUUGAGGUCGCUAGAGACAAUGAGUGUGGUUCUGUCGCGGGUGCUAUUGAGAGACAUAUCUGCUUGUUCUCUGGUUAUAUGCGUCAGUCUUUAGGCCCUGCCACACUUCAUUCAAACAGAGUAUGGGUAGUCGUCGUACCAAUUAGUUCAAGAAACCCUGCAGAGCCUUUGAAGUUGGAGGUGGUUGUAUAUGAUAUUUGGCUGGGUAAACAUGAUGACCAGCCACAGACAGUGAUGCCGUUGUGGAAAGCAAAAAUGGUGAUGUUCAUUGCCGAAGAACCAAUAACGAACCAGAAUGAUAUUUCAGUGAUGAUCACUGCCGACGACUCCACUAGUAAUUUCUUGCAACAUUUUGUAUGUCUAUUCUGGUGGAAUGUCCCAAGCCGCUGGAGACAAAGACUAAAACCUAUGCACCAAUUAUUUACAGCAAAACGUCUUAGCCUUGCCCCCUCCAUUAAAGGGGACGAACAACAACUUAAGUGGUUUUGUGAUGCAUGUAAAGGAAUUCCUCAGCCAACACAUCCUUCAAACUUUCUCCAAACAGCACCGUCUGCACCACCACUUAUGAGUGAGACACCAAAUAACAAUCACCAUUCAAUUGGUGAAGCAAGUUCCUCAGCUGCACCACCUCCACCUCCUCCUUCCUCAGGAAAAGCCAGCACCUCGGGUCUCAAUAGCCAUGAAGGUGUUAUUGUACAUAAACCUUCACCAUCAGCUCCUCCAUUGACAGAUGAUGAUUUUCUUUACCCAACAAUCGAUUCAACAACUGUUGAUGUCCCAUCUUCUUCUCCUCAACCAGCUGGGGGUGAAAAGAAAGAAGACGGGAGCGCUGGACAGUGUUCUAUAUGUCUAGACGCUCCAUCUGGCGCUGUUUGUGUCCCGUGUGGACAUGUCGCAGGAUGCUUGUCUUGCUUGACUGAGAUCAAAUCUGAGAAAUGGGGAUGUCCGGUCUGUCGCGCCAAGAUCGACCAGAUCGUUAAACUGUACCGUGUAUGA